AUGCCGACUAUCUAUGAUAUGCAACGCGAAGAAACUUAUGCGAAUGAUUCUCGUACAAGUUCAACUCUUGAUACAUAUGGUACAACAGAUACAACAGUUGGCUAUAUGUCAGCUAUAACACCAAGACAGGUGACGGUAACUCGACCUGUAAAAAAUCUCGGUGGUGGAAAUCGAAGUGUCACAUCAAAAAUGAGUGUAUCACAAUCUGUAUCAAGCAAUGCUGUACCAUUACGUGGUGGUGGCGGUGGCGGUGGUAGUAAUAUGGGUGGACAUUUGGCUUUAGUUCCAUUUACAAGUCAACGUGUUGAAGAAAAACGACAAUUAGCUGAAUUAAAUGAUCGUUUUGCUGAAUAUAUUGGCAAAAUUCGUUAUUUAGAAGCUGUAAAUCGUAAACUUAGUCGUGAUUUGGAUAAUAUAAGAAAUAAAAAAGGUAUUGGUUUACAACGUAUCAAUGAGAUCAUUAUGCGUGAGAAAAAAGAAGCCGAAGAUACAUUAAAACGUAUGGAUGAAGAUAUACGUUCUGGACAAACGAAACGACAAGACGCAGAAGCACGUCUUAAACAAGCUGAACAACGUUUAGCUAAUUUACAACGUCCAGAUCAAAUCAAUAAUGCUAAAGGUCAAUUAAAACAAUUACGAGAAAAAGUUAUUGAUUUAGAAAAAAAAAUUGAAUUAAUCAGAAAAACUAUUACUGAUAAUGACGACGAAAUAGCUCUUUACAAUGCUGAAUUACAACGUAUUCGAACUGAUACAGCUAAUCUUAUAACUGAAAUAGCCAAUGAAGCAACACAAAAACAAUUAUUAUUAGCAGAAAAAACAGUUCUUGAACAAGAGCUAAAAGCUCUUGAAACAGCACAUAAAUUUGAUGUUGAACAACUUCGUUCGAAAGUUGCUAUUGCUAAUGUUGAUCCGGCACCAUUUUUUGAAAGCGAAUUAGCAUCAGCUAUACGCGAUAUACGUAAACAAUAUGAAAGUAUAACUGAUCAACAACAGCAACAACUACAAAAUUAUUAUCAAGCGAAAGUUAGCGCACUAGUUGAAUACCAUCAACCAAAACAACCAGCUGAAUCGCAAUGGCAAACGGAAAAGAUUCGUGAAAUAACACGUAGUAUAGCUGAUGUACGAGCUCGAGUUAAUAGUUUACAAAUGGAAAAUCAAGAUCUUGAUAGACAAAUAGCUGACAUACGUCAACAAAUUCAAACAUCCGUAUAUCAAGAAGAUCAACGUUUGGUUCAUGAGCAAAAAUAUUUCCGUGAUGAAAUCGAACGUCUCAAAGGUUACAUUAUUGAUCUAGAAAAAUAUCGUACAACAUUGGAAGAAGAAAUACGCCGUUAUCGUUCGUUACUUGAAGGUGGUAACAAUCAAGUUGGCUUACGGCAUUUUGCAGAAGAAGCCGAAAAGAUUAUGAAUCGUGGUCGAUCAUUACUUGAUUCGCUUAAUUUACGUUUGACAAAAAAUAAUUCUGGACCAAUUAGUUCUCAUAAUGUACGAGAAAUUACUCAUUCAACAUCUUACGCAUCGGCUGGUGCUUUUCAUGGAUAA